UGCCUAGUGUACUAAACAUUUGCUACCCAGACAAGUUUCUUGCUGGCAAUAUGAAUAUAAAAUAGCUAGGUUUGCUUUCCUUUAUAAAUGACUAUAAAGAGAAAGCUCCAUGAAACUAUCAAAGCCACAACACAAAUCAAAAUGAGUUCAACCCAAAACAAAGCUGCUCUCUCCAACUCCUUAUUACCAGUUUCUCAAGAAGAUGAUGAUGAAGCUUAUAUUUGUGCUCUGUAUCUUCGCAGCGCUGAUGUCUUCUCUCACGCUCUCUCUACUUGUCUGCGACUAGAUCUCUUCGAUAUCAUUGCUCAAGCAGGUCCUGCUGCUCAUCUCACCGCAGCUGAGAUCACUGCUCAGCUCCCUACGCAAAACCCAGAUGCUGUUCCCAUGAUAGACCGCAUGCUUAGACUCUUCGCUUGCUACUCGCUGCUCACUUGUUCUUUGCGAACCGUUGACGAUCAUGUUAUCGAAAGGCGAUAUGGCCUUUCUCGUACUGGUCAGUUGUUCGUUAAGAAUAAAGAUGGAGUAUCCAUGGCUGCUUCCUCUUCUGAUGAUAAAUCUUGGACUGAGGCAUGGUUUUACCUGAAGGACGCAAUUCUUGAAGGUGGCAAUCCAUUUGAGAAAGCCCAUGGGGUACCCAUGUACAAACACAUAAGCUUAAAUCAAGAAUCGGUGAAGAACUUCAACAAAGCCAUGGAUAAUCUUUCCUCGUAUAUCUUGAGCAAAGUUCUUGAUACCUACAGUGGUUUCCGGGGACUUAACUCUUUAGUGGAUGUUGGCGGCGGAUCUGGAGUUGCCAUUAACAUGAUCAUUUCAAAGUAUCCUUCUAUUUCUGCCAUUAACUUCGACUUGCCUCAUGUGAUCAAAGAAGCUCCACCUCGUCCUGGUGUCAAACAUGUAGGAGGAGAUAUGUUCUCAGGCAUUCCAAGCGCAGAGGCUAUUAUGACGAAGGAUGUUCUUCAUAACUGGAGUGAUGAACACUGCAUCAAGAUUCUGAAGAAUUGCCAUGAUGCUUUGCCAAAGGGUGGGAAGGUGAUUGUUGUGAGCCAUAUAAUGCCAGAAGUAAUGGACCCAAGCAUUGCUACUAAAUAUGUUUGCCAAUUGGAUGUGAUGAUGUUUCUGUUCCCUGGAGGGAAGCAAAGGACCGAGAAAGAGUUCAAGGCCCUAGGUAAUGCCGCUGGAUUUUCAGGAUUUCAAUUCAUUUGCUAUGUUGCUUAUAACGCGGUGGGUGUCCUGGAAUUCUACAAAUAAGCUAUCAGCUAUUUUAGGUUUGUAGAUUGAAUUAUCAUUGUCGUGAAUGUCUUUCAAUAAAUGUCUAGUUUGUGCUCCAGAAUUUCUCUCAAUGUUUUUGAUAUCUAGCUUGUUCUGGAAUUCAACGUUGAAAUGUAAUCGGUAGUUUUAGUUGGAGAUUAAUAUCAGUUUAAUAUUACUGUUGAGAAAAAUUAUCUUAAAUAUAAUAGUUAGAAAUUAUUAUGAAUUAA